CCGGAUCACCGCGCACCGGCUGCUGAGAGCUCUCGUCUCUCGUUUAGCAAGCGCCGGCAUUCGCUACCGAGCGUUCGUACCGAGUAGAUCGUUUGUUGUCGUCGCGAACGUUGAGGUGACCUCUCCUCGUUUGUUGUUCGUUGUUAUCGAAUCCGGUUUCCGUGACCCGCACGCUCGCGAUUUUUGCAAGUUCAAGUUUUCGACCGAUCGUACCGUCGUCGUCACCAUGAAUCGGGUUUUGCUAUUUGGAUCCGGCGUUUUGUUGUUGUUUGGGGUGUUGGUUAUAGAAGCACGACCGCAGGAUACCCCGCUGGCAGAGUACCCGUCGGCGCAAUCGGUUGUUCCGGCAGGGACGGAUGCAGUGAGUACGACUUCAGCGACUAGUACGGCGGCUCCCGAAGAAAGCAAGUAUUCGAAAUUCUUCGACGAUGUGUCGACGGCCUUCAAGCAGGGCACGGCCAAAGUGAAGGAGAGUUUCGAAAGUGCGGCUUCAUCGGUGAAGGACGGAGUUAUGCGAGGCUAUGACUACGUUAAGGAUAAGUUCUCUGGCAACGGAGAUGCAGUGACGACGCCAGGUAGCCCAGCGUCGAGUUCAACAACUGCCGGAUCGGACCCAGUGACUUCGGCAGGUUCCGAAAAGAAGAUCGCUACAGUUAAAUCAGCCGGAAGUAACGCAGCAGCUCCAGCACCAACGACCAAACCGGUUCGGGUAGAGCCAAAUGACGAAGAAGCAGCUGAUGAUGAUCGAUUGAUCUUCAUCGGGGAUGAAGAUAUGGCCACCGAUCUGACUCCGAACACUACACCUAAAGCAUCAUCAACCUCGCCCGGUUCCAACCUUGACGAUCGAUUCAUCCUGGAUGGACCGGUGGCGUGUCCCAAGGGUCAGAAAGCCGUCAACGGGAUAUGUCGAAACACGUUCUAAUGAGGCGUAAUCCAGUGAGUUGUGUUGGGGCAAGGGAGAGACGGAAACCUGUUGAAAUUGCAUCUCGCCGCAGUCGAUCGUGCUGACGAUCGUCGUCACGUCUCUCACGAUCCCCGGGAACCAUCGUCGCCGUCGUCGUCGUCCUCAUCACCGUGUCCAGAUGAAGUGUGAUUUUUUAAUUUAGAAUUCCAUUGUCGAGCAAUUUUCCUCCGCGGAUUAAGUGUUUGUGUAACCUGUGAAAUAAAUUGAAUUUAUUCUAUUAAGCGUA